AUGAGCUCUGAGGAGGAAGAGAGACAGCUGUUCCCUUCGUUCCUCUUCCCGGAGAGUUUCCUGGCGGACGCGGCCAUGCCAAACUCCGGUAAGUCUAUCCGACUACUCAUCAAACAGCUAUCGUGCUAUGUGCAGCUGCAAGCUAGAGAAUACUGGUUAGCUAACCCCCAACGUGUUGUUGAUUGUUUAGGUGGCGAGCAGAGGAAGGCCGGCCGGCAGCGGCGGAGGAGGAAGGCUCGUCAGGUGGCGGAGAGCGAUGGCGACGACGCUGCGGCGAAGAAGCGGCGUCUGACCGACGACCAGGCACAGUUCCUUGAGAUGAGCUUCCGGAAGGAGCGGAAGCUUGAGACCCCGCGCAAGGUGCAGCUCGCCGCCGAGCUUGGCCUCGACACCAAGCAGGUGGCAGUGUGGUUCCAGAACCGCCGCGCCCGCUACAAGAGCAAGCUCAUCGAGGAGGAGUUCUCCAAGCUGCGCGCGGCCCACGACGCCGUCGUCGUCCACAACUGUCACCUCGAGGCCGAGUUGCUGAGGCUCAAGGAAAAGCUGGCCGAGACAGAGGAGGAGAAGGGCAAGGUCAUGGCUGCGGCGGCGACAGCAGGCGUCGGGGCCAGCAGCCCGAGCUCGUCGUCGUUCUCGACGGUGACGCACAACGCCGCGAUGGUUGACCAGUUCGAGAUGGAGGAUGCGGAGGCCGACCUCACCUAUCUGAGCGAGUACGACUACAACUAUGUGAUGGACUUGGCGGCCGGCGGCUACCUCGGAGGCGUCUAUGAUCAAUUCAGCUGA